AGGGCGGAGUUUCGACCUCACCAACAUGGCCGCCACGUCCUGUUAAAUACGUCACGUCCGGUUUGUGCUCAAACGAGCCACGGAUAUCAACCCGUCGCUUCCGGUGAUGCCUCCUUUUCGGCAGCGGCUAUUUCCUCGCCAACAUGCCACUCGCAAAAGACUUGUUGCACCCAUCCCCUGAGGAGGAGAAGAGGAGGCACAAGAAGAAGCGUCUUGUUCAGAGUCCCAACUCUUACUUCAUGGAUGUCAAAUGUCCAGGAUGCUACAAGAUCACGACAGUGUUCAGCCACGCGCAGACAGUCGUGCUGUGUGUUGGUUGUUCUACGGUCCUGUGUCAGCCCACUGGAGGCAAAGCACGUCUCACAGAGGGGUGCUCAUUCAGGAGGAAGCAGCACUAGCUGUUUUCCCUGGAGCUGAAGGGGAGAGGAGGGGAUGGACCGGUUGAUAUCAGCGCCUUCUGCCUCACCAAGACGGUGGCAGACCCAGCGGUCUGAUCCGAAACAAGACCUGUAGACGAACCGGACAGCCGAUGGAUUUCCACUGUUCAUGUCGACGGAUCGGUUGUUGCUGUAACUCCACCCUCCAACCCUGUCUCUCUUAAUAAAAUAUUGUUUUGGCUAAAGCAA